UUGUGUUCAGGAAGUUGGGUGUUUGACAGCUGAUACACUUUCAAAGAAACAAAUAAAUAAAGGAUAACUACCUAGUCAUCUGUAUAAGCCUGUAACCCAAUACACAAUGUCAAGGCAAUCCAACCGAACCACAGACAGCAAAAAGAUGAACGCAGAGCUGUUCACGCUGACAUACGGGGCCCUGGUAACCCAGCUGUGUAAGGACUAUGAGAACGACGAGGAGGUCAACAAACAGCUGGAUAAGAUGGGAUACAAUAUCGGAGUGCGUCUCAUCGAGGACUUCUUGGCACGCUCCAGUGUUGGGAGGUGUCAGGAUUUCAGAGAAACGGCCGAUGUCAUUGCUAAGGUGGCAUUUAAGAUGUACCUGGGCAUCACCCCCAGUGUGACCAACUGGAGCCCGGCGGGAGACGAGUUCUCCCUCAUCCUGGAGAGUAACCCCCUGGUGGACUUUGUAGAGCUGCCUGACAACCACAGCUCCUUGGUCUACUCCAACCUGCUGUGUGGGGUACUCCGAGGAGCUCUGGAGAUGGUGCAGAUGGCAGUGGAUGUGAAGUUUGCUCAGGACACCCUGAGAGGAGACAAUAUCACAGAGAUCCGCAUGAAGUUCAUCAAGAGGAUCGAAGAGAACCUACCGGCCGGGGAUGAGUGAGAGAAACACAGAGAGAGAGAGAGAGAAACCACCUCCUUACACCUCUCCUUUCCUCUUGCUCUCCAUCCAUCCUGAAUCUGAUGUCGCUCGGGGGGUACAGAGAGAGAGGGAGAGAAAGAGGUAUUGGGAAACCCUUCACUGAACGAAUGGAGACCAAGAAAUGAAGUCCUUGGACGUGUCUCAAAUGUAUUCUAUCUUCCUCUCCUUGUCUCCUUCUCUUCAUCUGCACUGGUGUAAAGACAAAGGACAGAUAGGUGGGAGUUAAACGCAGGGAAGGAGAGGACUUGGCCUUUGAGAUGCACCGUUUGGUUUAUGGAAGGACUUCUGCUGAGCUAUGAUCCUUGAACUUUAACGUCUGCUCAUAUGACCCCUGACCUUUCCCCUUUAACCUCUGCUCCUGGGAUGAGGAACCCCUUGGACACUUCAUCAUCACAUAUGUUAAUUUCCAUAAAAAAAAAAAAGUUGUCCCUUAGAUAUAGUUUAGGCUUUGUCUAGUGAAAGUAGUCAGGAAAAGCUCCUGGCCCGUUACAAAUGGAAAUGUUUUGUUUUUGAUUGAUUUUAAAUUCUGUUAAUUUAAUCAAUUUCACGUAAAUGUGUAUCACUGAAUGGAAUGUGAUGGUUUCACUACCAAGUCAAAGUUGGUUGUCUCAAUUGUGUUGUAAACAGUGGACCAGAUUUUGAUAUGGAAAGUUUUGUUUUUACAUUUUGUCUCUCUUUUUAAGAAAAUGCAAGAUCAUAGAGAUUCUGUUUAUGUCUGUCCAUAAGAUCUUUAUUUGUUGUGUCAUCUAAAAUACUUCCACAUGUAUGGCAAUAUUAAUUUAAGUAGGCUGAUGUGUCAUUAAUAAACUAAACAGAUUGA